AUGAACCAUACGCCAGUGCCCUCGACUCCGACUGCUCCUGUUCAACUAGACUUUAGCCAAAUUCCACUAGAUGCACUUGAAUCCAUUCGUAAUAGACUUAAUCAAAUUCAUGUUUCGCUACGAAAGCUUUCGGACCAAAUAAACUCACACAAUAGACACCCAACCAAGGUCAAAUUACCCACAUUUACUCAUUUCCAAAAUCAAUUCCAAGUUCUCAUUACUCAGCUAACUUCGAUUGCCAAUAUAUUAUACUCCAAUGGUGAGCUUCUCUCAAGAACAAAUGUGUACCCUACAAUCAAUUUCCCAACAAGUCAACACGAGGGCUUGCUCACUACUUUGCUAAGAAAAAAAGCAUUACCUGAAGUAGACGAGUGGAUUGACUCCUCAGCAACUGCGCUUGAAAAAUUGCAGGAAAAGGGACCAGUUGAUUUUGAAAAAGAAGACGAGUAUGUCGCUUGGAGUCUCAUGAAGUUGCAAGAGCUACGUGAUGAAUUCCAAUUUUACGGUUUCCAUACUGUGGAGGAGUUGGAGUAUAUGGACACACCAGAAGGUAAAGCGGAAUCCAAGUUGAAAAAGGAAGAAGAGAAUGCAAGAGAAGAGGCUGAAAGCAAAAUCACUCGUGGGGGUAAGAAAAGUUUACACCCAAACCAAGUUAUGAAAUUCAUGUGUCAGGGACAAUUAUGA